CCUGAACAUUCUACACGAACUACAUGAUCCAACGCGACAGACUCACGGCCGUCGCAAGUCACAAUGCCGGUUGAUCGUCUCCUUUCGACGCUCUUACGAUCUCUGCAAACCUAUACGGACCAGCAAGACACACCUCGGAUAUUGGGAACUGCUUCCUCCCUCUUGACGACGCUUGGAAACCCUCAUAAUCUCAGCCUUUUGACAUCACAUCUUCUCACUGCUCCGGCUCUAUGGGAUCGUCCCGAUGGUGUCCGCACCCCUCUCCGAUUAAUCUCCGUCUUUCACACUGCGAUCACAACUAUCCUAAAGCAUCACGACGAUGUAAGGUAUCGCAGGGCCCCUGAGCUUGCGCCCGGACAAACUCCUGUUGGAGGUGGUCUCUCGCUAGACGAGUGGAUACGCGCUGUUGUCGCCGGCGCAGAUGAUAGGAGCCAGAGAUGGAAGCAUCUGAUUGUUCUGGGAGGGCUACUGAUUGGCGUUGGAAAUCAAGAAGAACAGGGCAUGGACCUGUAUUGGAUCUCUGGGAUGCGCAAGAGAGUUGAAGGAGCGCUCGUUAAGGCCGCAAAUCUAGCCUUGAUUGAAGUCAGAGAACGAUCAGAGGCUGACGGACUCGGUGGGCACACAAUUACUCUUACUCUGAAUCAUUCCUUCGGGUGCCUUUCGGAUGCAGAGCGAGCCCAACUUAACUACGACCUCUUACUCCCCGUUCUCCUCGGAACAGCAUUUUUCUCCAACGAGGGUUUCCAAUCUGCCUACUUCUUGGGUGGGUUAGAUCUAGACGUUAAGAUGAAUGGGGGGCGUUUGGUGUGGUCAGCACAGUCUACCUCGUUUCGACAGGUUGAGAUCAUUAUGGCUCGCCCCCUAGUCUCGUCGAUGGGCCCGCUGUCUAGACUUAUUGCACAUGCAGUCGAAAAUGUCAAGGAUGCGUGGGUCAUUCAAACCAUGAUGGAUGAUCUGGCGAGCUUUUCUCGAGCGCUUACUACUCAAUGGCGGCAGAACAAGCUUUCGGAAAUCGAUCCUAAUGAAGAGUCGACAUACUUGGACGAGGAAGCCCUUCAAAAGACAGUACCACUUCUAUGGCGAUUACUAAAGGCUGCCUUAUUUGCGACCACGAUCAUAUUGAGGGGUGUUUUCAAUCGAACCCUUGGAGACCCUGUAUUGGCGUCUGAUGAGGUGGCACCGGUGAUAUCUUCCCAGGCCCUUCAUACACUUCGACAUCUCUAUUUUGUUUCUUCUCGUCUUGGCCCAGCAUCAUUUUCUCAGCAUACAUUCGUUUACUUGACAGCCAUCGACAUUCUUGCUACUUAUCCUAUGCACGCGGACAAAUUCCUCAAAUCCAUUGCGUCACAACAUUUUGGCCAGAUCCCCCGGCACCAAUUGGACAAAAUUCUGGACCUUUACUUCCUCAAUACCGCGGAACAUUUCACCUUGAUCUUAUCACCUGCGACGAACGAAGAGCUCUUGGUGGCUUCGGCGAUUCCAUACCUUGCCUCAGGUGGUAAUCAUAAUAUGCUUCCAAUCUUUGAAGCAGCACACAGUGUAAUGCUUGCGGUUUUGUCGGCUCCACAAUCUGCGGACAUUACACCGAAGCACCUUCCUUUCUACAUCGAUGCGCUGUUUAGUGUCUUUCCACACAACCUAUCGCCACGACAGUUUCGUUUGGCUUUCAAGACCCUGAUGCGAGUGACUUCGCCUCCAUCGGCACUUUCCGCAUCGCAUCCAGAUUUACCUGCGACUCUUCUCGAGCUAGUCUUUCAUCGCGCCCUCGACGCACCGACCGUUCCAUUACCACCAGAUGAAACAAGUCUGGCCUUGCAAGGCUCGGAUGCCCCACCACCGGCUUUAUCUGAGCAAGCCGUAUUGGCUUUGACCUUAAUCGACGCAUUACCAUACCUUGCGGUCGGUCUCCUAGAGGAAUGGCUACCAAUGUGUGCUGAGUUGCUAAAUGCCAUCAACGAUGUUGCAAUGCGUGACACUGUUAGAGCUAGAUUCUGGGAGGUCUUAGUAAACGGGGAAAUGGACCCCGAGCGUGGCAGUCUGGCUGUAGCCUGGUGGGGAACAAGAGGAGGGCGCGAGCAAGUCUUGUAUGGGCGUGAAGGCGAGGAUGAUUUGAAAAUGAUGAGCGGUGCGCUACCAGUGGAAGGAAAUGCACGAGAGAGCAAGCUUUAGGCUCUCGACAUUCGCACUUUACAUCUUGAUACCCUGCAAUAAAACACAC